UACACAUAUACUCUUGUUACUCAUGCAAAAAAAAAAGUUAUAUUUGUUUGUGAUAACAUAUAAAGUAUUUCGUUAAGUUAUUGAUUCAUGGCAUCAACAAUUAAAAAUUUAGCGUUUUUUCCUCUUGUUUUUCUCCUUUUGUGUGUUGAUACUAACGCACAACUUUCACCGUUAUUCUAUUCAAGAACAUGUCCUAAUCUACAGUUAAUAGUUCGGAACUCUAUGAGGCAAGCUUUAGUUAAAGAAGCACGUCUUGGAGCUUCUAUACUUCGCUUAUUCUUUCAUGAUUGUUUUGUGAACGGUUGUGAUGCAUCUGUACUUUUAGAUGAUACGGCUACAUUUACAGGAGAAAAGAAUGCAUUCCCAAAUAAAAACUCAAUUAGAGGUUUUGAAGUGAUUGAUGCUAUCAAAUCUAAUGUUGAAACUGCUUGCAAUGGUACUGUUUCAUGUGCUGACAUCCUAGCACUUGCGGCAAAGGAGGCUGUGUUCUUGUUGGGAGGGCCAUCAUGGUCAGUACCAUUAGGAAGAAAUGAUGCAAGAACAGCAAGCCAAAGUGCAGCCAACACCAACCUUCCACCACCCACGGCGAGCCUCGCUACCCUAAUCUCCUCGUUCGCCGCCCAAGGCCUAAACGCUCGUGACAUGACCGCCCUUUCUGGAGCCCACACAAUCGGUCAAGCUCGGUGCACCACCUUCCGGACCCACAUCUACAACGAGACCAAUAUCGAUCCUAACUUCGCCACCUUCCGUCAGCGCACAUGCCCCGGCCCCGCUUCCGGAACAGGUGACGACAACCUGGCCCCACUCGAUAUUCGUUCACCUAAUGGUUUUGAUAAUGGUUACUUUCAAGACUUGAUUGCUAGACGUGGACUUUUUCAUUCGGACCAAGAAUUGUUCAAUGGUGGAUCCCAAGAUGCCCUAGUUAGGUUGUAUAGUUUAAAUUUUAGGGCUUUUGCGAAUGAUUUUGUUAAUGCUAUGAUUAAGAUGGGAAAUAUUAGUCCACUUACUGGAUCAAACGGUGAGAUUAGAAAGAAUUGUAGAGUUAUCAAUUAAUUAAUGUAAUGGAAUAUUACAAUGCACGUCUAGAGUAUAAAACAUACUUUGGAGCUGCAAACAAUUAAGACCCUGAAAUAUGUUUUAUACUCCAACGUACAAUAGUUGAUAUUAGGGUACGGUCCAAAAGGGCCCAUUAAUAUCGACUUGCUUUGAAGUUGUUAUUCCUUAGAUUUGCUUAUGUAUACUUAUGUACGUCAAGUUAUUUCAUAGAAUAUAAGUGAUUGUAAUUUGUAAUACUCAAUUACACGGUGAAGUUGUUAUUCCUU